AUGGAUGUUACGCCUUAUAAACCUCCUACGGAUAGCGCAGUCCGUCCUGGUUAUGGCAAGUUAGGUAGGCCAGUCAAUCUUAAAGCCAACUUUUUCAAGAUUAAUGCCCUCCCGAACCACAAAAUUAAUCAAUAUCAUGUGAUCAUAGGUGAUGGCUCUCGGUUGACUCGUAUGUUGGUCAACAAAAUCUGGAAUUCAAAGGAAUUAAAACAACAGCUUGGCUCAUCUUGGCGAUCUUGCGUUUACGAUGGCAAAAGUUUACUUUGGACGAAAGAUGAUAUUACUGAUUUCUUCAUUUCAGUGAACAUUGGGAAUGAGAAGCGUGAACAGUUGAUUGACUUCGGCAUUCAAAAGACCACCACAAUCAAUUUGCAAACGUUGACAGAAUUUGUAAAUAGCAAAUAUGCUCUUGAUCCACACGUUUUGAAUGGAAUCAUGUUUCUAGACUUGCUAUUGAAAAAGCGGCCUUCUGAGACCUUGUAUGGAUUCAUGCGUUCCUUCUUUAGUGGGGAAUCUACAUUUGCAUUAGGAAACGGUAUAGAAGCUUGGAAAGGCUUUUACCAAACAAUUCGACCUACCCAAGGCCAAAUGAGCGUCAACGUCGAUGUAUCUUCGAGUGCAUUUUGGAGAGACGGUUCCUUUCUUUCCUUGUUGUUAGAAUACACAAACUCCAAAGAUGUUCAAAGCUUAACUCGCAUUGAUUUUAAAACUCUUUCAAGAAGAUUUCGUUUGCUGAAAGUUACCUGUAAGCAUAAAAACAAUCAGGGAACGCCUUUAUCCAGGAAAGUGUAUUCUAUCCAAGGAUUUUCCUCCAAUCGUGCUUCUGCUACAACAUUUACCCGCAAUAAUAACGGUAAGUCUGAAACCAUUUCCGUCUCCAAAUAUUUCCAUGAGCAUCACAAUGUUCGUUUGCAGUAUCCUGACUUGCCUUGUGUCGUCGUCAAGAAUGGCGCUAUGCUGCCCGUGGAACUUUGCUACGUUGAAAAAGGGCAGAGAUACACGGCUAAAUUAAACGCCGAUCAGACUGCAAAGAUGAUACGUUUCGCUGCGCAACGUCCGCAUGAACGUGUGCAGCAGAUUCAAGGAUUUAUUCGUCAAUCCGCAUGGGACACAGAUCCUUAUUUGGCAGAGUAUGGUAUGAAAAUAGCAUCUUCCAUGACGGACGUUUCAGGUCGUAUAUUGAAUACGCCUUCCAUUUGUUAUGGCGGUAAUUCAAUUGAACGACCAACAGGUGGCAGCUGGAAUUUACGUGGAAAACGAUUCUUUAAACCUGCUGGUGCACCUGUUAAGUCAUGGGCAGUCAUGUGUUUUACAUCGAGUCGAAAACUACCUACUGUAGUCAUUGAAAAUUUCGUGAAAACUUAUGUGCAAGCCUUGACUGGGCUGGGUAUUCAGUUCUCUCAGAAGAAACCUCCUAUUAUGUAUGCCGAUGCACGGGCAAACAUUUCAGAGUCUGUUAAAGGUCUGUAUCGAAAGGCUGAACUUGUUAGCAAGUGCCCUCCUGAUUAUUUGUUUUUUAUCGUUGACAGGAAUUCUCCGGAACCAUACGGGUCCAUAAAGCGCAUUUGUAACACAACAUUGGGUAUACCAUCUCAGUGCGCCUUGAGCCAUCACAUCCAGGCGGCGAAACCACAAUAUUGCGCCAAUCUUGGAAUGAAAAUAAAUGCUAAACUUGGUGGAAUAAAUACGGUCUUACAGGCUAAAUCUAAUCCGCUUGGAACUGUUCCAACUCUGAUUAUUGGUGCAGAUGUCUAUCAUCCUGGUGUCGGGGCAUCAGGCGUAUCUAUCGCUUCCUUAGUGGGAUCUCUAAACCUUGAAGGUAGUAAGUAUACAGCAGUUUCACGCGCCAUUCCUCGACAUCAAGAAGUUAUUGAUGAUAUGAAGGACGUAAUAGUCCAUCUUCUGCAAGGAUUUAAAGCAUCGACUGGGGCAAUACCGCAAAGAAUUAUCUAUUUCCGUGAUGGUACGUCUGAAGGUCAGUUUAAAUUUGUUAUUGAGCAAGAGCUUGGUGAAAUUAAAGCAGCUUUCCAGAAGCUUUCGCUAAAUUACAACCCAAAAGUAACGGUUUGCACAACUCAAAAGCGACACCACGCUCGCUUUUUUAUUAAAAAUAAGCAGGAUGGUGAUAAAAAUGGAAAUCCUCUCCCAGGUACAAUAAUUGAGAAAAAUGUUACUCAUCCAUUUGAAUACGAUUUUUACUUAAUUUCUCACGCAACACUCCAAGGUGUUACCGCUCCUGUGCAUUACACUGUUCUUCACGACGAAAUUCGAAUGCCCCCUGAUCAGUUUCAAGCAUUGUGUAACAAUUUGUGUUAUGUGUAUGCAAGAUCUACUACCUCUGUGUCUUUGGUUCCACCUGUAUACUAUGCCCAUCUUGUAAGUAAUUUAGCAAAGUUCCAAGAUCCGACGUUAGACAACGAUACGGAUAGUGUUGUCUCGGAAGAAAAUUCUGAAGAAACUGUAAAACCAUUAGCUGAGAUUUCUGGCAAACUGAAAAGCAAAAUGUGGUUUAUGUAA